AUGUCCAAGUACCAUGGCCUGCCGGAUAUUGACACCGCGCCAGACGUGUACGAGUCAGUCACUUCGCCACGUACAGCACCCCUACACGAUACCUACUCUGACGACUCGGACGACGAGUCUGAAGGCCCCAACAAUGCCAUCGAGCGCGCUGCUUUGGACCCACACGCAGCCAAGCAGCAUUUCCGCCAAGCCGAUCCUAUUGUGCCGGAGUACACGGGCCAGGAAACAUCACUAGCACGCCUCCUACGGCUUCAGCAGGAGACUCAGGAGCUGGAGACGGCGCUGGCCGAGCGCGGCCAAGCAACGGAGCGCGCCAAUGCGGCACAGUUGCUUGCGCACUUGACAGCACUGCAAGUGCGCAUCGGCGAGAACGACGCGUCGCUCGUGCCGAUGGACAGUGCCGAGACUGCGGCGCUAAUCCGCGAACUGGAUGCGCCGUCUUCCCCCGGUGCACGCUCCGGGAAACCUGUGCGCGACGCUUUUUCUGGCUUUGACGCGCGACUUGCACAGCUGGAGCACAUGCUUGGUACACCCGACGUCGUCGAGCACAUCACACCCAUGCUCGAGACACUGCGCAGGCUCGAGUCGCAAAUGUCGCUCCUCACGCAGGCCAAGCAUAUGGACGCCAUUGUCCACCGCGCCAAACUCGCCGCGUCCGAGCUGGAACGCACCGCGGAGGUGCGCAAGCGGCUGAUGAAAGAGGAUGGCGCGAGUGCCGAGUCGCUUGCACACCUCGACGAGCUGUACGCACUGCAAUCGCGCAUUGAGCCGCUCCUUCCGCUUGCGCCAGCUUUGCUUUCGCGGCUGCAAACACUCGCGCCGCUCCACGCAUCCGCCGCCGACGCAGCGAGCACCAUGGCGUCCGUCGAGCGCGAGAGCAGCACGCAGCGCACGCAGAUUACACAAGUGCGUGAGAUGCUCAUGAAUGCUACGAAAAGUCUCGCAGAGAAUGCGGAGACGGCGCAGGGCAAUUUGCGCGCGCUCCACGAGCGGCUCGAAUCACUUGAAGCGCGUAUUUCGACGCUAUCUAUCAGUACUUCUCAGCCAUGA